AUGCUGUUGGCCAAGCUGGACUGUAUGCAGCACAAGUUUCUGGAGCUGCAGAUCGAACUGCACGAGCAUCGCGAGGAAGUGGCCCAAAAUCGGGCAACUCAGGAGAAAACCAUGGCCGAUUUCCUGUGGGCUAUGCAUCGGCUCGAGUGUGACAUUGGGCGCAACGUAACCGUGCUUCAGGAUCAAUCGCGACAGAUCCUGGCCCAGCAAACGGCGUGUGCUAACCAUGAACAGUUUCGAGAAAAACUGUUCGAAUUUAUACCGAAGCAGAACCAUUCCUAUCAUCGAGUGUCAGGUUGUGCUGCGUCAGUAUUGAAGCCAAAUCAUGCGACCUUUUCGUCGUGCAGAGAGGUGCCAUCGAAUGUCUCGGGAUCUUAUCUUAUCCGUGCCAACAACGAAAGUGAACCAUUCAGGGCGUACUGUGAACAGCAAGCAUUCGACGGAGGUUGGUUGGUGGUGCAGCAUCGAUUCGAUGGAUCAUUGGACUUUUUCCGCUACUGGUCCGAGUAUCGAAAUGGCUUUGGGGAUGUUGAGAAAGAGUUUUGGCUCGGUCUGGAGAAGCUUCAUCAACUCACGACGGAGCGUCCACAUGAGUUGAUUGUUGAGAUUAAGGAUUUUAGUGGCAAUUAUGCGUAUGCUCGGUAUGACGCCUUCGAGAUUGGUAGUGAAAGUGAGCAGUAUAGCCUCAAAAGGCUGGGAGCGUACAGUGGAUCCGCUGGCGAUUCCCUUGUGUAUCACAAGGGAAGUCCUUUCUCAACGAAGGAUCGAGAGAAUAAUUCCCACAAUUGUGCAACCACGUACAAUGGCGGCUGGUGGUAUAAGCAAUGCCAUGAAGUAAAUCUAAACGGACGCUAUGAGAACGCUGAUGAUACUAAAGCAAUGAAUUGGUUUCAUUUUCAAAAAAAUCGUAUAGGAAUGAGUUAUUCGAGAAUGAUGAUUCGUCCACUGAAAUAGGGUCAUAAUGGACCCCACUACCUCUUAAACUUGGUACCAGUUUAAUUUGGAAUAAAAUGUAUGU